CACACAUCAGCCAGCUCAGCUCAGAAAAAGUACUAUGGGAGCCGCAGUGCCAGUACCACUUGCGCCACCUUCAGGACGGUGCGAGAAUUUCAACUGUUUUACCGCCACGGUUAGAAGGUCAUUGGAUCUCAACAGGGACAGGAGAUUUGGAAACAGCACCACAGAGUUGAAUAAUUCACAAAAUGGCUGCCUUGGUAACUGUGGCUAUUCACGAAAGGCAAAUGAGAUGUCAAGAAUCUUUUCUCCCUUUGCAGUGGACUUUUGUUCGAUCAAAAAGUGUUCUAGUAAAUAAAUAUGCUGGAAGAGGCCCUUUCCAUAUGCCUGCUUUCUGUUAAUAUUUGAAAUUAAAAUAAUCUUUUUUUUAAAAAAAAAGAAAUCAGAUGCAAUUCUGGGAAUCCAUCGGUGCUGUCAUACUGUUCCUGGAACUGAAGAUAUUUUUCUAAGUUCUACUCAACUCUCUAAACUUAUCCUCUUAACAAUUUUGUUGAAUUGUCCAGCAGCUUAGCUACUGUGCCAUCUUUGAUAUUUAACAGGUUUACUAAUACAGUGUUGGCACAUACCUACUUUUGGCAACUAACAGAAUAAUAGAGUUGGAAGGGAACUUGGAGGUCUUCUAGUCCAACCCCCUGCUCAAUCAGGAAACCCUAUACCAUUUCAGACAAAAGGUUGUCCAAUCUCUUCUUUAAAACCUCCAGUGUUGGAGCACCCACAAUUUCUGGAGGUGUGAAGUGCGCCCAGGACCUGAAUUCCUUACUCGGUCAUACAUGUUCUUUGCCAACCGCCUCUUCAAAGCCUAUCAGUUUUACUACCGUGACCCUUCCUGUAGAGAGCCCACCUACUCUCUGGUCAUUAAAGGGAGAAUCAGGCUCCGGCAGGCAUCCUGGAUCACCCUGGGGGCUACAGAAGCAGAUUAUCACCUUCAUAAAGUUGGCAUUGUCUUCUAUAGCCAGAGGGCCAUGCAGGAAAUGGUUGCCCGCCUCAACCAAACAGGAGUGCGCUGCAGUGGAUUUUUGCCAGCUGGACGGACUUGGGCUCCUGAUGCCCUCUAUGAGCUUCUGAGUGCUAAAGGGGAAGAGGACUGCACCCCUGGCCUUGGCUUUGCCAUGCAUGAGCUUAGCCUGGUACGAGUGGAGAAGUACCACCAGCCUUUGCUCCUUCAGCACAACCAGGGGAGCAGGGAGGUUGAGGAGUUGUAUCUUGGAGACAUUCACACUGAAUGGUCAGAGCGGCUUCAGUAUCGGCCUACAGGAUAUCAGCGCCCACUGCAAAACGUCAUGCACCACAUUCAUCCCUGUCCUGCCUGUGGGAUUAUAUACAGAGCUGACGAACAUAACCCGCCAGUAUUACCAGCCAGACCUGAGCUUCCUAUGUUGCUCAGCGGCCAUUGGGUCAGCUCUCGCUGUGAAGUACGCCCAGCUGUGCUUUUUCUUACCAGAUACUUCAUCUUCCAUGCCAAUAACCGCAGCUGGGAAGGCUACUAUCACCACUACUCUGACCCUCUCUGUAAGCAACCAACUUUCACCGUCUAUGCCUUGGGUCAUUACAACGAGGGAGCACCAUCCGUCAUUGUGAGAGGAGGCACCGAGCUGAUCUUCAAGGUGACCCAUGCUUCGGUGACACCUAUGGAUCAGGUCACCGUGUCCAUGCUGAACUCCUCUGAUUUGGGGAGUUGCGGAGAGGCUGGAUCUUGGCACAUUGGGCAGGAGCUCGAUGUGACUCACACGAAUGGGUGUGCAGCUCUAGGUAUUAAGCUCCCCCACACCGAGUAUGAACUCUUCCGCCUCGAACGAGAUGGAAAAGACCGGAGCCUGCUCUUUAUUGGUGAGAGACCAACUGAUGGGUCAAGUCCUAACACUCUCGGUAAGCGGCCCACAUCCUACCAGUCUCCUCUUCUCCAGUGUGGUGGGCCCUCGGGAACUUUGGCAAGACAUAGUAUGCCACACAAUCCAGAAAAAUUAAGUGCCCAAGUGAACCAUGGAGCACCAAAAACUCCCUUAUCUCAGCUGUUGUUUCUUGCUACAUUGCUGGUCAUCUGGGAUUAAAAGCUUGCUCAUGGAACAGCAGAAACCGCAGUUCAGGCUUUGUGUAGCCAUACCAAAAAAAUAAGCACACUCAAAGGUGGUUUUUCUUUUUUACAGGUUGCAAAAAUUAUGUUUCUUUGACAGCUAUGAUUUGCGCUGCCAUGCUUGCUUGCAUACAGACAUCGAUCUGUAAAUUGGGUUUUAUUUUUGAAAUGGAAGUCAUUCACUUUUCAUCAGGUGACUCAAUACACACAACUGCCUAUUUCUGAAGCAGUUUUUCUCAAUCUCAGAAACUUUAAGAUGCACGGACUUCAAUUCCCACAAUUAAAUUAAACUGGAGAAUUCUGGGAGUUGAAGUCCACACAUCUUCAAGUUCCUAAAUUGAGGAACACUUUUCUGAAGGGUCCAAGUAGAUAGGAAAAGUUUUUUGGAGGGUGAAGGUUCGUUUUCUGAACUUGUGGGUUGGUUUCCAAAUGGCUUGUUACCAGGCUAGGUCACAUCUUCAUUGGGGUUUAGGGGAACUAAACUCCACUGAAGAUGUUACCUCUCCUGAUAACGAAACAUUUGGAAAUCAACCCACAAGCUCGGAGAACGAACCUUCACCCUCAUCCUACACCAGAGCUACAGCUAUUUGCCACUUUUGCAAAAGUUUUUUUUUUAUUUUCCUUCCAAGACAUCCCGUUGUUUAAACUUCUGUUGUGUGUUGAAGCAAUGUUACUUUCACUCAUUUUUCUUUUUGACAUUGCUUCGUUCACUCAUUUUUCUUUUUGACAUUGCUUCGUAGUGUUUUUAUUGAUAUGCAGCCACCACUUUUUACAAUGCAAAAAGGUAUCAGUGUUGAAAUAAUAAAGGAUGAGAGAAAUUGAAUUCUAGGUGCCAUAAGAAAGAACCGUGUGAUGUAACGUACACAUAAAUUAAGAGCCUUAUGAGGAGCUUAUUUGCCAGGGUGGAUGGUCCAUCUUAGCAAGAGGGAAACACCUUUCUUAGUAGAGCAAAUACCUAGGAUGACGGUGUUCCAUAAUUGUUUUGUUGACCAAUUGUAAGCAGGUUUAAAUUAUCUUUAAAAUAAAAAUUGUAUGGUUUCAGUCCUCAGGGAGAAUAAGCUAAAAAAAAAAGUAGUCCUGUCAGCAAGGUCACAAUUCAUGGAUGCCAGCUUAUUUAUCUGUAUUGUGUUGAGCAUGUUGCUUACAAUAAGGCUAAGAGUAGUGCUUAUGGAAGGGGAGAUGAAACCUGAUCCUGUCAACCGUGAGUCAUGUACAUGGUAACCGAGGUUAAAAAAAAGAUGGUGGUCACGAUCAAAGUCCUGUCCAUUUUGCAUGGGUGUCAGCAUUGCAAGCACAUACAAGUAGUCCUCGACUUACAACAGUUCAUUUAAUGGCCCUUCCAAGUUAUAAUACUGAAAAAAGUAACUGACAACCAUUUUUCACACUUAAGACCGUUGCUGCAUCCCCAUGGUCACAUGAU